GCGCUAGUUUUCAUUGUAAACUCGGACAAAAUAACGCGCACUCCAACCUGGUCAAUAUUUAGUUAGCAUUAGCGAUAUUUACGUCGCAUCAAACACGCGUGCGGUGCCAGAGAAGCCCAAAUCACCUUACGCCUGUUGGCUCCCCUCAUAUAUUUAGCCGACGGCUACGCCUGUUUUUAACGUCCUGGUGAAUUCUCCAACAGCGUACAUGGUCAGAUGCGUAUCGACGUUGCAUGUCUGCGGCUAUAUAAAACUCACACUCUUACAAGAGAGAGCCACACUGGUUUGGUAUCUCUUGACAGCAUCGCAGGAUAUACAGCACCUGCAAACUUCAACCUCGUCAUCUACUAUCUAUUUCAGCCUCCGUCUGCUCCAUAUCUCGCCGUGGUUUGGAUUUCGUUUCUGCUCUAUCUCGAUACAACUUUGCCCCGCAGUUCAAGCUAAGGUGUUAAAUAGUCAGGCGCAAACGGGCUCUUUUUUCGCCAUUUCAGAAACGAUGACGAUGAAAUCAGGUUGGACUUUUCUGAUGUUGUUGCUGUUUCUUCAUCAACUAUUAGCCGUUAGAACAACAGCCUCACCAGUUCCCUGCCGUGACGGCAUUACGACCGAAGACUGCCUGAGGGUCUUGACGGGGCAGGUUAAGAGGGGUUCGCCCGAGCAGUCCUUAAAUCCACUGGUGUAUCAGAAUCUUGACUGGGUUGGGGACUCCGAUGAGUCGGAAGAACCAACUUGCAAACUGAGGGAUAUUUACGUAAUGAUUCCUGAUGAUUGCAAGGCGGAAUUACUUCAGAUCCUGCACUUAUUCGUGACGCAUUCCACCUAUUGAGAUGGAAGGACCAACACACAGACUGCCACCGACUCAAAUGAGAAAGAUCUAUCAAUUGAAGUUUGCUUGCUUUUAUUUUCAACUUUGAGACAACAGGGACUUGAUAUUGGCAUAUAAAAACCAUAAAAUGACGAUACUAGUUUCUGAAAAUGAGAUCAUCUUUUUUUCACAUUUUGGAGCAACUCCAACCUCGCCGACUGCUAUUUAUAUUUGCAACAUUUAGAUAAUUGUUUAAUAUUUUCGGUUUGAAAAUUCCCGAUUUGGCCGUUUGUUGGCCAUUUUUAGGAAUUCAUUCUUUCCACUGAUACUCUGCCAUGAAAUAUUGAAGGUCUUGCUAAAUAUUGAAGGUCUUGCUAAUUGAAAUGUGAGACCACCUCCUUGAUAACUAUUCUUGAUUAGUCUGGGUUUUCUUAAUCUUGCCUUAAACCGUUAUAAACGCACCACACGUAAAGUUGGGUUAUCCUUACGUAUUUUUGCCUUAAAAUUCCUAACCGAAAAAAAGUGACGACUUUGGACCACGAUGCACAAACUUAAACUUCUAGUUUUCAAGAUAGUAAACCACACUUGUUUACGACCACUGACGACCGGAGGAGGGGGAAAUAAUAAACACCUGAAUGAUGUCAGGGUAUACCAGAGGGCUUUUUUGCCAAGAAGGAUUUUCGGAGGGUUCAUGGAGUGCAAUAAUACUCUCCGUCUGAAAGUAUAGAUUUUGUGUGCUGAGUUAAAACUGAGCUUUUACUUAUAUUUGUUAAAUUCGAACCAGAGAGGGUAAAGCAUCACUGGCAUCCAUUCAAUGACGGCAAGAGGCCUACUACAUAAUUAGCGAAAUGUUCCCUAAAGAUGCUUGCAUUGAUUUACUUUCGGUAUAAAACUCUGGGGCGUUUUGAUAAAAAGAUCUAACUCUUGCAGUUUAUAUGGUGAUUAUAAACAACGGCUAAAAUGUUGCAUCCUGACUCCACUUUUCUCUUCAUAUGUCAUCACAAUAACACUCAGUCAUUACAGAAAUGCUGGAAAGACACGAAUUAUGGACUGAGAAACAUUUAGGCCUACCGAUGUUGUUGGGAAA